AUGCUGCAAGUGGAAAUGAUCCUCGCCGUCUGCCUGCUGCUGUGGAUGUGUGUUUUUAGCCAAGAGCCCAGUUCCAAAGUGGUGGCCGACCGCUACGCCGUCUUCUGGAACCGGACCAACGCCAAAUUUCAUCGUGGGGACUAUCAUAUCGAUGUGUGCAUAAAUGACUACUUGGAUGUUUACUGUCCGCACUACGCGGACUCAGUGCCCGAAGAGCGGACGGAACGCUACGUCCUCUACAUGGUCAACUACGACGGCUACAGCACCUGCGACCAGUCCUCCAAAGGCUUCAAGCGCUGGGAGUGCAACAGGCCACACUCGCCCAAUGGGCCACUCAAGUUCUCGGAGAAAUUCCAGCUCUUCACCCCAUUCUCUCUGGGCUUUGAGUUCAGACCGGGAAGAGAAUAUUACUACAUCUCCUCCACCGUUGCUGAAAAUGGGAAGAAAACCUGCCUGAAGCUGAAAGUUUUCGUCCGACCAUCAAACAGCUGUGUGAGAACUAUAGGUGUACAUGACCGUGUUUUUGAUGUAAACGACAAAGUAGACAAUACGUUAGAACCACGAGACGACACGAGCCAUGAACCGGCCGAGCCAUCACGAAGUGAGGAGACAAACGCUGCAUCGCACCUGCCUGCAUCCAGUCGACUUGUGGCUUCACUUCUUCUCUGCCUGGCAGCACAUUUCACCUUAUAG